AUGAGUGAAGGAGAAUUCAAACUUUAUUCGCCUAUAGGAGAUUCGGAUUUCUCUCCACGUGUGAAUAUUGAUGAUUCUUUUGACAUUGUUUAUCAAAGCCCUCGCUCAAAUACGAAUGCAGAGAUUUAUUUCGGUUCAAAACGUAAUAGACAAGUGCAUCCCGUCCAAACUCCUCAACCAUCACCAACAACAGGAAACUUUAGCCCUAAAUCUCCACGAAGAACCAAAAGAUUAAGUAAUACUUUGCCAGAUAUAAGUGAAAGACAAGAAGAUCCAGAAAUUGACUUCUUUAUUCACGAUAACUCCGAUUUAGCAUCAACUGUUGCAACUCAAAUACUUCUUGGAACACCUGUUUCUACUCGAAAUCCCGAAAUUUUACAAUUAAGUCUUGCAUCUUUGGAACAAAAACGAAAUGCAUUUUACAAAAAUAAAGAAUUUCAUCAAGCAGAACUAGUCGAACAAGCAAUUUCUCGAGCCAAAGACUUACUCUUAGAAUCAAUGAAAGAUCUGAUUCAAAAUCACGAAAUGAGUUGUGUAGAAUUGAGAGCUCAGCAUAUUGCGACAGAUACUACUAUUUUUGAUCAUUCUAAAGAAUAUGAAAAAGAUAAACUAGAAGAUAGAGUAGAAAAAGCAAUAGAGAACAUGAAAAAGCGUCAUGAACAAGAAUUAAAGCAACAUACUGAAAUGUGGAACUCUGAUGUAAAAUUACGCGAAUUUAAUAAAAUUUCUCCAAAAUUAAGAGGAAUGCGUGAUCAGCAAAUAAGAUAUAUUCGUGCAAAGAAAUUUGAUGAUGCUGACCAGAUGGGAAAAGAAGCAGAUAAACUUUAUCAACGAGAAUUAUCACAAUCGAAAUCUCGUCAUUACAAAGCAUAUAUGGAAUCAAGAGAAAGACUUCUACAACGACAAAAACAAGAAAUUGAAACAUUAAUUAGUGCUACAAAAGACAGAAGAUACGUUUUCCAAAAAACAGUCGAAAAGAACCGUGAUUUGUUCCAUAAUCGCGAGAAAGUACUUCAAAUAUAUAGAAGCCUUGCUUCAGAUCGAGAAAAGCUCUGGAAUCAAAGAAAAUCAUAUCAAUUGGAUUUCUUAAAGGCAACACAAGCAGGAGCAAGAGCUCAUAUAGAUGGAAAUGUUAACAAUCCUAUGAAGCUUUCUUUGCCUGCUCUUCCAGAAGCAGCAAAAAGAAGUCCGAGAAGAUAA